AUGCUUUCCUUUUUUCGUAAGAAACCCUCAGAAGAGUUGACCAACGCGUCAACGUCGAACUCGAAAGCUUAUCCGAUCGCCGGAUUAGAUGGAACGGUUCCUCGCGGACCGACUUUGCAAGAGUUGGGCUAUCGAAGUACAGACGAUUUGAGAGAAACCAUCUACGACUUCUUGCGGACAAUUCGUGACCCGGAAAAGCCCAACACUCUGGAGGAUCUGCACGUAGUGUACGAAGAGGGAAUAUUCGUGAACGAACCAACACCAGGUAACGCAAACGUCGUGCGUGUCGAGUUCAAUCCAACGGUUCCACACUGUUCAUUAGCUACGUUGAUCGGACUUUGCAUAAGAGUGAAAAUUGAACGAAAUAUUAAUCAUAACCUGAAGCUGGAUAUCUAUAUCAAAAAAGGUGCCCACGCGACGGAAGACGAAAUUAACAAACAGAUCAAUGAUAAGGAACGAAUAGCAGCGGCUAUGGAGAAUCCAAACCUAAAACAGUUGGUUGAGAACUGCAUCAAAGAUGAGGAUUGA